AUGGGGUGCCAACUCAGUACAAAGAAAGGGUUCUGUAGGAUUUGUAAGAAAUGUAGGGACCAGAAGGCUGAAGGAGCUGCUAAGAUUAAUGAGACACAUGCUGUUGCACAUACCUCACAGGAGGCUUCUGAAUGCACAGAGAGCCAGCCUUUCACAGAGACUAGGAAAGACAUUGAGCAAGCCACUGUUGAAGCACAGCCUAUGAGGUAUGAUGGAGUUGCUGCUGCACCCAGCUCACAAGAGACACCAGAAGACACUGAAGAAACCCUGUCUGCUCUGCAGACUGUACAAGGCUAUGAAGCCCAGGCUACUGCACAGAGCACAGGAAAGGCCUCACAGGACACUGAUGCCCAGCCUGCUGCAGAGAUGGAGCAAGAGAUUGGAGAAGCUGAGCCUAAUACAAAGGUAACACAGAACAGGCAACCUGAUGUACGGACACCAAAAGGUAAUGAGAAGUCCCAGCAUGCUGCAGAGAUACCAGUAGAGGGUAUAGAAGCAAGUAAAACUCUGCUGGAUGCAGAGAUCAAGCAAGAUCCUGAAGCCCAACCUAUUAAACAGGACUGGCAGGUGGCUUCAUGCAUCCCAGAAGACUACAUAGAAGAUCGGCCUUCACUUGAGGCAAGGCAAGAAGCUGGUAAGAUGGAGACUACUGUACAGAUAACAGCAGAGAUCAUUGAGGUCCAGCCUACUGCAGAGAACAUAAAAGAGAUUCCCCAAUACACUGGUGAAACUCAGCCUACUCUACAGACUGCUCAAGAAAGAGAGGUCCAGCCUAUAUGUGAGACUGAGCAAGAGACUGCUGAGGACCAGCCUGCUGCACAGAUCACUGAGGGGGCACAGGCUGCUGCAUGGGAUGCACUAAACACUGGUGAGGCUAAACCUAUUACACAGAGCAUGCAAGAGAUUCCACAGCACCCUCUUGAAGCACAGUCUGUUAGAAAAAGACUGCAAGGAGCAAAGAUCCAGACUUCUACACAGGCCACAGAAGGCACUGGGGAGACCCAACGUGCUUCAGAGGCUGAGGUGUUACUUGCUGUAGAGUCUGAACAAGAGGCUGGUGAGACUCAGUCUGCUGGAAAGAGAACAGAAGAAACUGAGGCUUGGCCUGAUGCAGACAGAGUACAAGAGUCUUGGGCCCAUUCUGUUACACAGGACAGAGAGCCUGCUGCCCAGUCGCUGUCAGUUGCAUGCACCACAGAUGUGACUAAGCAGGCUGAACCUGCUUUGCAGACUGCACAAGAGGAGCAGGCCCCAACCACUGCAUGCAGUAUAAGAGAAAGUUGGACUGUACAAGAUGCAGCUGGGGCCUACCCUGCUGCACAAACCAAAGAACAAACUGGAGCCCAGCUUGUAGCACAAGGUCCACUUGAGACUCAGUCAACUAUACAGACCAUAGAGGCUCCACAAGGUACUACUAAAAACAUGCAGAUUAUGGAAGACGUUAGUGUGGGCCCUGCAGAACCCAAGGCUUUUCAAGAGAGUCCACUGGAACCUGUGACCAUUCCUAUUAAACUAAGAAUAGAAAAGACCCAGCCUACUGCACAGGUCACACAAGAGAUGGAGACUCUACAUCCUGCACAGACCAAAGAAUUGACAGAGAACCAGGGUCAGCAGAAUGACAUGGAUUCCCAGUCUCCUAGUGAUCUUACAGGAUACAAGGAGAGACAGGGGAGUUCUGCAGUUCAAGAGGAGGCAGAUCAGGCCCCUGAACUAGAGGUCACAGAGGUACCAAAACCAAAGCAGCAGCAGCUGAAUGUGGAGCAACUGGCACCUCCUCAAGAACUACCAUUUUCUCAUGUCCCUGAAAAUCAUGUAGAAAAGUGCCAGCUUUUGGACAGCUCUGUGCCCAAAGCAUGCAAGAGCAAAUGGGAAGAGGAGGCUGAAAAUGCUGAGACUCCCAUACCCUCAGAAACCCAAGGAUCUGAGGGCGAAAUGGCCCUAGCAUCAGACUCCACAGCCAACAGUGACACUGCACCUACUUCAGAGGAGCCCCAGCAGACCGAAGUAACUGACUCCAUGUCUGAGCCCUAUAGCCUAUGCAGAAGGACUUGUUGCACCUGA